UAUUCUCAAAAUCGAAGAAUUUCUUAAGGAACAGAAUCCCUUUACUUCUUCUUCUUUUACUUUUAUAUACUAUACUUGGAAAUGAAAAUGUGCAAAUUCACGAUAAAACCUAGAAAAAAAAAUAAAUAAAUAAACAAAAAGCGAGAGAAACCUCCUUUACAAAACCCCAAAAAAUUCCAUUCGUCGAAAAAGAAUCCAAUUUCUCAAACCAUCUUCCCAGAAAAAAAAAAGAAAGAAAAAAGAGAAAAUUUUAGAAAAAUGAAUCCGUUCCAAACCACCCAGUAUAUGAGCACAGGGGUCGGUAGCAUCCGCACGGAAACGGUAUCCCGAAGUAAGUAAGCAUCCCGAGCCGAACGAAACGCCGUUCUCCUCGACGCGCAGAGGGCAGGGACCCUUCUUAUGCGCUCGUCGAAGUCUCCGCGCCUGGCUAGGCCGGCCAGCAGUAGGUCGAAGCGAGGCCCGAAAAGCUCACGGCCUUGAGAGAUCCUGCAGCCCGCUGGUGCACGCUGCUGCGUUCAGCGGUAGACCGCAGACCGUACGUCGGUGUUAACCCGGUGUGUUCCUCCAUACACACGAGCAUCCAUAGAGAAAGAGGAAUAACGAGGCGGAGAAGCCGAGAAGCGAGGCGAGUCGAGCAGAGUAGGGAAACGCGUGCACACACAACUCCGGUGAGUAUACUCGUCCCACGGAUACAUAUACAUACACACAAUAUACACACACUACACAACUACAACACCGACGAUGGCGGUAUAACGAUGAUGGUGGUGGUGGUGAUCGCGACACGUGCAGUUACACGUAGAGAGAAAGACACUGUGUGUGGAUGUGGAGAAAAACGAGGGGCAACGUGGGGUACCAGGACAGGCGAGUGGAGGAGGGGGAAGAAGGAAGAGGUGGAGGAGGAUACCUGGCCAGGUGGUAGUGGCGGCUAGGUGGAGGGGAGGGGGGCCGAGAGGUGCCCCUCGGCGAGGUGGUGGGCAGCUAGGUGGUAGGGGCCCGGUGUGGGGGAGCGGGAAGGGGGUGGAAGAGUACCGCUAUACCUGGAGUCGCUCGAGGCGAAAUACAUACCUACCUACCUACCUAGUAUAUAUUCCCUCGGCUCGUUGUACCCGGCUGAUACGAUCCUCUCUGUCCUCCACUCUCUCGCUCUCUUCCUCGCUCUCUCGCUCUCUCUCUCUCUCUCUCGCUUUCUCUCUCUCUCUCUCUCUCUCUCUCUCUACCCCCUUUCGUCGUCGGCGUGCCGAAGCCCCGGCAAGGUAUACCGCUGUAAGUCCUCCAUGAUGCACGCCAUAGAGCGCACCGCGGCCACCGUAAGACAUUGCGCCACCAGUGUCUUGCCUUGCCUUGCCAACGUCCGACGCCGCUGCCGUCGCCGUUCAGACCGACCGCCGUCGCGUAUCCACUCGCCAUAUCCUCCGGCUAAUACAUCCUCUACCCGUUCUUCUACGCGUAACAACAUCAUCACGGGAUAACAUCACGGGCGGAGGAGGAGAUUUCGACGUGGCCGAUCGAAUCGAUCCCUUUUUUCCUGCUCUCCAUCUCCCGGAAACCUUUGGGAUCGUUCCUCCUCUUGGGGGACAGAGAGUCUCUUCCUCGUCCCUCCGUAUCGCGGAGUGAACAAUUUUCUUCAACGACAAUCUGACGGGAUCUCCAGGUUCAAGCGUACAAGUUGGAGGUGAAACUGUGAUCGAAUCCUUUUGCGUUUUCUUCUUCUUCUUUUUCUUUUCCUCUCGUGUUCCCUUUCCUCGUCCCAGGAGAGAUUUCCAACUUCUCGAGGAAACGGAGAAGUUUUUCGCCGAGUUUGAAGAACAACAUCCCGGCGGGUGUUCGGUGUUCUGUUCCAGGAGAAAGGAAGGGAGGAAGAAACUCGAAGAGGCUCUUCCUCUUUCGUCGCGAAAUUAUAUAUCCGGCUUCUUCCUCUCUAUCUAUCCGUCCGUCUGUCUAUCUAUCUAUCUCCUUCCUCGCUCUCCUUCUCGGAGAAAAACAAAUUCCCCGGCCGGCCGGCCGACGAGAGAAUUCGAGGAGAUCAGCGCACCGAAGGUGGUGCACACACAACCGAGGUAGUCUCUCUCUCUGAAAGAGGAACACGAAGAGGGUUCCCUACCUCUUUCCCCACCUUUUCCUCCGCCACUCUACCUACCGCUACCUCCAUCUCCUCCUUCCUCCACCUCCACCACGCGUACAGUCGUACGGUCGCCGGCGAGCAAUACGGUUUACGGCCGCGUGACACUGUCCCGGACAACAUCGGCGUCCACGAACAGCUGGAUCCACGUUCCGAUCGAUCCGACUCGGAUCCUGCGACCUCCUCCUCCUCCUCCUCCUCCUCCACCCGCUGCACGUAGCGUUCCAACGAUGCAUCCGUGCCGUAUCCUGCGCGAUUUAACCUCGAAUUGAAAAAAAAUACAAAUCCAUGCCAUCCAGCUAUCGAGCCAAAUUCCUUCGAAAAGAUACCUCCGCCAAGGGUUUACGACACCUUCGUCUCGUGAGAGAGAGAGAGGGAGAGAGAGAGAGGAAGAGAGAGAGAGAGAGAAAAGAGCGCUUCUCUCUAACUGUAUAUCCUCCGUGUAUAUCCCGCGGAAUAUAUACGACGACUGUUGGAUCGUGGUUGGUAUCGACGUGUAGUGUGCGGUAGUUGGAGAGCCAGGAGAGCAACGCGACAAGGGGACAAGGGGAAUUAGUGAGUGAGUGAAGAAGAAGAAGAAGAAGAAUAAAAAGUAGAAGAAGAAGAGACAACAACGACGACGAAGAAGAAGAAGAGAGGAGCGUCGGCCUCGUUCGUCGGUUCGUUGAUUCGUCGAGAAGAGAAAAGAAAAGCGCGGUGCAUAUAUGGCCGGCCAGGUGGCAAUCUCUGGAAGAAGCUAGCGGAACAUACCGUGCCCGUGUUCGGUCGCGAGUGAGAGUGUUUUUCGCGUGUAAACGCUAGCGUGGCGGCGUCCGUGGUUCUCGCGAGACGUCAACAUCUGGUAGCGUGUAUCCGGCCGCCCGAGCGCGUGCACGUCCCGUUCCCCUGGCACACGGCCCCCUGUCCGCCUUCCUCUGCCUCUCUUCAUCUCUUCCGCGUGCUAUCUGCACGAGUUCCCUUUCCAGGAUCGUCCCCGUGCGCGAGAACACCUCCACCAAUACCCCUCUCGCUACUACACUCGUGUACACGUACACACACAUCGUGAAAAAGAAUCGAAUGAUCGGAAGAAGAAGAAGAAGAAGAGCCGACGACGUCUCCAUCGCGAUACGACACGUAUUAUAACGUAUUACAACCAUACAUUUCCCACUUUUUCUCCCCUGAGAAAAGAGGAGGUGGUGGAAGGAAACUGGAGGCUGGAAGCCGUUUUCCAGCAUGCCGUGGACGGACGAAGGAACGUCCUCGAGCAACGUUUUGUGACCGGAUUCUCAGACAGAUCCUCGCGCAGCCCGGUGUCCAGUCAGCUGUCGAGGAUUAUAUUCCCCGGCCAGGUUAUCCCCCAGCGGUGUUGGACGUCCAUCUUCUAUUCGCAGAGGAGACAUUGAGCAUGGUCACCAAGAUGAAUUGAAGAAUCUGCCACGAUUCAUGGUGCUUCAAGACGAGCUGUAUCGGAGCUGACUUGUUUUCCUGCCACUCGGGUCGAAGCCCGAACUCAAGGAUGCCGUGGGUGAGGAGACAAAUUAUCCACCACCACUGAAACCCGCCUCCCCCCCCUUGACCGCCUUAAAACGAAUACUGCCAGCCGCCUCGAGGCCAUCGAUAUCGAAACGAAGCGUCUCAACCGAUCACCAGGACGAAGCACCAAACCUACCCCAUGGAUCUAACCGAGGCAUUCGCCCCGGGAGGGGGUGGAGAGGAGCUGCCAAAGACCGACUUCUUCGACUUCGUCGUCUCUCCACCUCCCCACUGCGCCUCCGCAGAUGGCGUGUCGGACGAAGAAAGCUUCCUCCAUCGCACCACCUGCAGGAGCAUCGGCUACCUUCAACAAGGUCACGAGGAGCACGAGACCGGUCGGGAACUGCAUGGCUCCCCGUUCAUCAAGGAAACGAACAACAACACGCUGACAGCUUUACCACCUGUCUCGACUAUCACCGGCUCCCUCAGCCACCAUCAUCAUCACCACCACGUGAGAACGCAUCACACCGCCUGCAACGUUCAACAGAGCAACGAACAGACACCGAUGGACCAAUCCGACUGCGACUAUUGGGGCACGGACGAGAGCAAGGAGCAAACCUGUAACAUACUCCUGGAAGAUCUGAACAAGUACUGUUGGUCGGCUCACGCGAAUGCCCAGAGCCACGGGAACGACAACGUGAACGUUCACCAGGGUUCGAACGAGCAUCACCAAGGGGUGGGUCGAGGAUGCUCGGCGAACGACAGACAGAACACGGACGGGGCGAUAUACACUCUCACCGUGUUGAACAACGAGGCGAACUCGAUGGACGCGUUGGACUGUUGCAAGAGUCCAGCCCCAACGUCAAGCGACUCCUGGUCGCUCAGACCUAACCUAGAUCUGGACGCUAUACUGAGCAUGGAGCCGGCGUCCGCCGAGCAGGAACACGACCAAUCGAAUACCGUGACAGAGGUUUCGCGGACGGUGAACGACAGGUUUCACCCGGACCGUUUCUCCGUCGCCUCCUCGCAGUACGCGACCGACGACAGCGGUUUCGUCGAGAGCAAGGAGUUGUGCGGCCGAGGCGCAUCAAGCGGCGGCAAUUGCACCGGCGGCGGCGACAACAACAACGAUUGGAAGCUGUCGGAUCAGAAUCUGCAGGAGGCUGCGGCCGCUGCCGCGGCCGCUGUCGCUGUCGGCGCCGGCGACUCCGCCGAGAGCCUGCUCAGGAGCGCUCUUCAAGGCAAACUGUACACAGGCCCUGCCCAAGUGGUGUCCUCCUCGUCGCCGACCACCCAAGGCUCCGCUAUAUCGAUGCCUGUCACGAGCAACGCCGGUUUGCAGAUAGUCACCGAUCAACAGCAGCAGCAGCAGCAGCAGCAGCAGCAGCAACAGCAGCAACAGCAACAACAGCAGCAACCGCAAACGCAGCAGGACGAGUCCAUGCACACGUGCACCGACGAGGACUUGUUGCUCUCCCAACUGGACCAAACGACCUAUCGCCCGGGCGACUACGAGAAGCUGAAGAGCAUAGCGAACGAAGUGGUGGAGUCUUACUGCAGCCUGGAACCGGUUUGCAACGUGUCGGCAACGACCACGGUUAUGUACACGUUGGACCCAACGAGCGGUAGCCUCGGCACGAUCACGCUUCCCGCAGAUCUGGGUCAAGUGAGCACGGUCACGGUGGUGACAGCUGCUCAGCAGGAGGUUCUCCAGCAACAGGCCGCGCCUCGAACGGAGGUGGAGCAGCAACAGUCCGCCAGCCAACUUCAAAUAACCCCGUCGCGAGUCGUCACGACGAAAGCCCCGAAGAAGUACUGCAGGCGCGCGAACAGGAACAGCAGCAACGCGAACGCGGCCAGCAAUGGGAGCAGCGGUUCUGAGACGGGUGGAAGCACAGGCGGGCAGCAACAGGGUGGUUCGGGCGGCUCGCCUGGCAGCGUGCAACGGAAGGAGCGCUCGUUGCAUUACUGCAGCAUCUGUAGCAAAGGUUUCAAGGACAAGUACAGCGUGAACGUUCACAUUAGAACGCACACGGGCGAGAAACCGUUCGCCUGCUCCCUGUGCGGCAAGAGUUUCCGCCAGAAGGCGCAUUUGGCCAAGCACUACCAGACCCACGUGACGCAGAAGCCCAGCGUUCAGCAACAGGCGGGCGGCGGUGGCGCCAGUAACAAUGGGAAUAGCGGGAAUCCAAGCCCGUCUGGCGAGACGAGCGGCACGACAACUAGCACCGUGACGAACAGGAGUCAAUCACACCAGGUGUCGGUCGAUCCCGCGGGGAACGCCUGCAAUCCACCUAGUUAGUCGCGUUGGAUGGGCCAGACAACCUACUUCCGACGGUUCCCAAUUGGAUUGCAGUUAAUCCUUGCUACUCCAUUUACUCUAACUUUCCCGGUGGCACGGUGCGGAAAGUGGAUCGGCGAUUUUGCACGAUGGUGAUGGUCAACGAAAGGAUACACCGUGCGAGUCUUCCUUUUUUUUUUCUUCCUCUCUCCUUUAUUACUCUCUAUAUAUAUAUAUAUCUGUUUCCUCUGUUC